AUGAAGCCUGUGAUUGUCUUUAACUACCCCAAAGGAAUCAAAGCUUUCUACAUGAGACUCAACGACGAUGGAGAGACUGUCGCUGCCUUUGAUGUUCCCGUUCCAAAGGUUGGAGAACUCAUUGGUGGAAGCCAAAGAGAAGAACGGUACAAAGUCUUGCUGGAAAGGAUGAAGGAGAUGAAGAUACCAAUCAAGCCAUACGAGUGGUACCUCGACUUGCGACGUUAUGGUACAGUGAAGCAUAGUGGGUUCGGACUAGGAUUUGAACGUAUGGUACUCUUUGCAACGGGACUCGACAACAUCAGAGACGUUAUUCCCUUUCCUCGUUAUCCUGGUAGAGCUGAUCUUUGA